AUGGAAGAGGAAGAGGAGGCGAUAGGCUUUUUGGACAAGGUUCUGGAGGAUGAAGAUGUGUUUCUCCUGGAGGAGUGUGAGCUGGGAACCCCGACCAGCCCCGGCUCAGGGUCCCCCUUCUUGGUGGCUGUGAAGGUGGAAGCAGGGAAAGGCCUGGAGAUGAGGAAGUUGGUUCUGUCGGGGUUCCUGGCCAGUGAAGAGAUCUACAUUAACCAGCUGGAAGCCCUGCUGCUGCCCAUGAAACCCCUCAAGGCCACAGCCACCACCUCCCAGCCCGUGCUCACCAUCCAGCAGAUUGAGACCAUCUUCUACAAGAUCCAGGACAUCUAUGAGAUCCACAAGGAGUUCUACGACAACCUCUGCCCUAAAGUGCAGCAGUGGGACAGCCAGGUCACAAUGGGCCACCUCUUCCAGAAGCUGGCCAGCCAGCUUGGUGUGUACAAAGCUUUUGUGGAUAACUAUAAGGUCGCUUUGGAGACAGCUGAGAAGUGCAGCCAGUCCAACAACCAGUUCCAGAAGAUCUCAGAGGAACUCAAAGUGAAAGGUCCCAAGGACUCCAAGGACAGCCAUACGUCAGUCACCAUGGAAGCUCUUCUCUACAAGCCCAUUGACCGAGUCACUCGGAGCACUCUGGUCCUACACGACCUGCUGAAGCACACACCUGUGGACCACCCAGACUACCCGCUGCUACAGGAUGCCCUCCGCAUCUCCCAGAACUUCCUGUCCAGCAUCAACGAGGACAUUGAUCCCCGCCGGACUGCAGUCACGACCCCCAAGGGGGAGACGCGGCAGCUGGUGAAGGACGGCUUCCUGGUGGAAGUGUCAGAGAGCUCCCGGAAGCUGCGGCACGUCUUCCUCUUUACAGAUGUCCUACUGUGUGCCAAGCUGAAGAAGACUUCUGCGGGGAAGCACCAACAGUAUGACUGUAAGUGGUAUAUCCCCCUGGCCGACUUAGUGUUUCCAUCCCCCGAGGAGUCCGAAGCCAGCCCCCAGGUGCACCCCUUCCCAGAUCAUGAGCUGGAGGACAUGAAAACAAAGAUAUCUGCCCUCAAGAGUGAAAUCCAGAAGGAGAAAGCCAACAAAGGGCAGAGCCGGGCCAUCGAGCGCCUGAAGAAGAAGAUGUUUGAGAAUGAGUUCUUGCUGCUGCUCAAUUCUCCCACUAUCCCGUUUCGGAUCCACAAUCGGAAUGGAAAGAGCUACCUGUUCCUAUUGUCCUCGGACUAUGAGAGGUCAGAGUGGAGAGAAGCAAUUCAGAAACUACAGAAAAAGGAUCUCCAGGCCUUUGUCCUGAGCUCAGUAGAGCUCCAGGUGCUCACAGGAUCCUGUUUCAAGCUUAGGACUGUACACAACAUUCCUGUCACCAGCAAUAAAGACGACGACGAGUCUCCGGGGCUGUAUGGCUUCCUGCAUGUCAUCGUCCACUCUGCUAAGGGAUUUAAGCAGUCAGCCAACCUGUACUGUACCCUGGAGGUAGAUUCCUUUGGUUAUUUUGUCAGCAAGGCCAAAACCAGGGUAUUCCGGGACACAACAGAGCCCAAGUGGGAUGAGGUGAGUCAAGGGGACCUGUACUGUACCCUGGAGGUAGAUUCCUUUGGUUAUUUUGUCAGCAAGGCCAAAACCAGGGUAUUCCGGGACACAACAGAGCCCAAGUGGGAUGAGCUGCACGAGCUCCAGGGGAAACACACCAUAAGUCAUUACUUCUCGGAGACAGGAGCAGAUGGAGAGCCAGCCCAUGUGGGGCUCCUCCCUUGUGGCCACCACCGCCACUAUGCCAGUCCUGGAGGUGUGUGGGGCCAGGAGGUUGAGCACCAGGCCUGGUUCUGCUCCCUGCCUCAGAUACCACCUCCUCCAGGGCCCGUGUCCCACCUGCUGUCGCUCUUCAAGGCGGGUCUGGACUCCUUGGUAACCCUUGGAGAGCGGGCGGCAGAACACUUGUCCUUGGUGGGGGAAAAGCCAGGGGCAGGAUCCCGCGAGAGUGACCGCCCUGCUGUCCGAAGGCUUUUCCAAAUCUCCCCCACUCUGAGGGAGAGCAAGGCCCACGGCCAUGGUGAAGAGAAACAGCAUUCUCGUGAGAACUGUCUGUCGGAAGUGCCCUGA